CUGGCCUGCAGUCGCCUGGGCAGUUCUACACUACUUCCUCACAUCACAACUUAGACUUCCUGCACCAACCGAACCACUCCCAAGCUGUCCAAACCUCCAAGCUACUCAAUACAAUACCAUCCAUGUACAGGAAGCCUCUCCUGAUUGCUCCUCGUCAUGGAGCCCUUCUCCUUCGUGGGCUCUGACUCGUUAGACUAUCCGGUCAGCAUCCGCAUAAUCAAUCUCGAGGGCGGAGAAACUCCACUCAAGUUUUCCACCCUCCUUGAGCAUCCAGAGCUUAGGUAUAUCGGAUCCAACCAAAGUCCACACUCGGAUCUCUACGUCACGGUGCAGGUGUGGGCUGGAUCUAAGCCCUUGACGGUACCGGUUCAGACGGCGUAUAAGCCGUUCCGGACGGAGAGACGAUGGAACGAGUGGCUCACGCUCCCGGUCACCUACUCAGCACUGCCCCAGAAUGCCCGCCUCGCCAUUACCAUCUGGGACUUGUCCCCGACCGGUGGUGAGGGCGCCCAGGGGCACGCGAUCCCCUUUGGCGGGACGACCCUUCCAUUAUUCGACCAGGACAACCAACUGCACAAGGGCCGCCAGAAGUGUCUGGUCUACAGGCACAAACAGGCCGACGGCAACGAUGACUCCACAACACCCUCUACCCUUCCUAGGACGAAGGCGAAGAAAGGUGCGCCGGAGGUCGAGGAAGAGGACGAACUCGAACGUAUGGAGAAGUUGUUCAAGAAGCACGAGCUGUCGGAGAUCCCGCGUGUGGACUGGCUUGACCAGCUCGUCUUUCGAGGCUUUGAAAAGCGUGGGCCGCAAUCCACCAAGUCAACCCUCAAGGCGAUCCAGCGGCAGAAAGCGUUGCAGAUCGAUGCAUCCGGGGAGAGUGCAGACGCCAGCUCUUCGCCGGAGCUGUCAAGCUUCCUCCUCUACGUCGAGCUACCGAGGUUUGACUUCCCAGUGGUCUUUGCCGACUACGAGUACCCGCCGCCGCCGGUCUCGUCUUACCUUCAUCUUUCUUCGUCGCAGUCGAACGUGAUCCUAAAACCGCCACCCGAGGUCCAUUUCGGCCCAGGCAUUAAUGAGGUGGGUGACGACGAGGGUUACGGGGGCCGUUUGAUCCGGGUGUACGAUCCGGAAGUUGCAGCGAAGGAUAACCCGGCAGAGAGCAAGCACCGGCGGCUCGUCCGUAGCCAGCAUCGCAACGGCAUUCUGGACAAGGACCUGAAGCCGAAUCCCAAAGUUCGGGACGAGCUAAACAUGAUCAUGGCUUACUCGCCGACACACAGUCUGUCGCCCGAGGAGAAAGAUCUCAUCUGGAAGUUCCGCCAUCAUUUAACCCGCAACAAAAAGGCGCUCACAAAGUUUGCAAAAUCUGUCAACUGGCAGGACCAGUCAGAAUCCAGGCAGGCUGCUCAGAUUCUCGACAAGUGGGAAGACAUCGAUGUCGAUGACGCCCUUGAGCUACUGGGCCCUACGUUCGACAACUCAUCCGUCCGAGCCUUUGCCGUGAAACGCCUCCGCAAGGCCGACGACCACGAGCUCCUCUUGUACCUGUUACAGCUUGUGCAAGCACUGAAAUACGAGCAUAUCUCACCGCAGCCCGGCCAUGAGGCGGCCCGGGACUCGUCGCUGGCCCGUUUCCUUAUCUCGAGGGCCGUCAACAGCUUUACGCUUGGCAAUUACUUCUGGUGGUAUCUGAUGGUUGAGUGUGAUGACAAGUCACAGGAUCAAGGACCCAAUAACCAGGCCAUUUAUGGCAAAAUUGCCUACGACUUCAUGGCGGAGCUGGUCAAGCAGCCAGGCGGCGAGGAGACGAGGAAGACAUUACGACGACAAGCCGAGUGGAUAUCGAUCCUGUCCAAGAUCUCCAGCGAGAUCAAAACAUCAAAUGAAUCCAUAGCCAAGAGGACCGAGCGGGUAAAGCACUUCCUAGCCGACCCGAAGAACGAGCUCACCACCAUCGAUCCUCCGCUUCCCCUGCCUCUGGACCCCUCGAUAGAGAUCAUCGGUGUCGUGCCCGAGGAGACCGUGGUCUUCAAAUCCUCGCUGCAUCCGAUCAAAGUCUCUUUCAAGACGACAUCGGGUCGCAAGUACCCCAUCAUCUUCAAGACCGGUGACGAUCUUCGACAGGACCAGCUGGUGAUUCAGAUCAUCACCCUCAUGGACGACCUGCUACAAAAGGAAAACCUGGACCUCAAACUGUCUCCCUACAAAAUCUUGGCGACAAGCACGAGCGCGGGCUUGUCGCAGUUUGUCCACUCGAUGAGCUUCCAGGCCAUCGCAUCCAAGUACCGCAAUAAUCCCGCACUCGCCUACCUCAGGCAGAACAACCCAGACAGCCAGGGGCCCAUGGGCUUGCGGAAAGAGACCCUGGAUACCUUUAUCAAGUCAUGCGCCGGAUACUGCGUCAUCACAUACAUCCUCGGCGUCGGCGACAGACAUCUGGACAAUCUUCUGCUUGCGCCCGACGGGCACUUCUUCCACGCCGACUUUGGCUACAUCCUCGGCCGCGACCCGAAGCCCUUCGCCCCAGCCAUGAAGCUCUCCAAGGAGAUGGUGGACUGCAUGGGCGGCUCCAGUUCGGAGCACUAUCGCCAGUUCAAGCAGUAUUGCUUCCUAGCGUACAGCGCGCUGCGGAAGAACUGCAAUCUGAUUCUGAACUUGUUUUCGCUGAUGGUCAAUGCGAACAUCCCGGAUAUCAAGCUCGAGCCGGACAAGGCGGCGCUCAAGGUCAAGGAGCGGUUUCAUCUGGAGCUGAGCGAGGAGGAGGCCAUUCGGCAUUUGGAGAGGAUUAUGGAUGAUAAUCUCAACGCGCUGGUGCCGGUGGUGAUUGACAAGUUACAUGAGCUGGUCCAGGCGUUUAGGGCUUGAGAGAUCUCUUAGUUUGGCGUUUGAGCUGGUCGUAUGUGGUUUGCUUCUCCGGGGAUUUGUUAGUCCUUUUGGACAUUUUACAUGGCGGUCUA